CCAAUUAGGAUAUCAUGGAUUGAGAUGGGGUUGGCAGGUGAGCAAAUUACAGUACAAGAUUAUCACUAUAGUUGAAGUAAAGAUAACCAAAAUUACAAUUAGAGAAAAUGUUGGGGAGAUUGCAAAAACUUUUAAGCAAAAGCUUUACCUAACAAGGUUACGUUACGCCUCUGCAAGAUAUCAUCUUUCAAAAUUUAACAACAAGAGCUAGAUUAGUACCCUCGAACCGUUUUGCUUGGGUUAUUUCCAGGCUACCUAAGAGACAGAACAAGCGUUCCUAUUUUGUGCAUAAGAUCCUAAGAUAAGACUUCAUUCCCAGACCCCUGCACGCCCCAAUAAAACCCUGUUGUCUUAGAGGUCGGACAACCAUAGAAUGUCAUUUUACUCGGUGACGAGCCUAUGUUAUUUAGAAUUUCUCGCGGACCAAUUCUUUAGUCAAAUAUCGCACAAGAUAUUUCCGGGAAAAAGAGAUUUUCAGGGAUUUUCUGAUAAAGCAAUAUGGCUUCCAUCAAAUGUCCGAUAUUUUCAUAGAGAUGUUUCACAACAGUAACCUGAAAAAUUAACAAGGCUAAAGUAAAUUGUUUGAUAUAAUAAAUGGUAUACAAACAUUUAAAUCCUCACUGUGAAAUUUGUCUUUGUAAUAAAGCACUUUUCUUUUUUUAAUAAAGUCUGUCUCAAUAUCCGAAACCUGAGUAAAUAGAUGAGUUUGUCAACUUGAGCUGUGAAUCCAAAACCAAAUAUUAUUUGACACUGGAAAAAUUUUGGUAAAGAGAAUUAAUUCAACAUGCUCAUUCCUUGGUCUAUGAUCAUUCUAAUUUGCUUGGUUUCUAAUACACAAUGCCCACUUCUGAAAAUAACCUUACUCCUUUCAACUUUGCAUACCUUUUGAUUGCAAUAUCUUAUGAUCACUGUCAGUCUAUCUGGAUAUCUUAUGAGCACAUUCCGAACACAGAAUACCAGCUGAUGAUCUUGGAAAUGACCGUAAGUGCCCAAAUUGUCCCCCUCUCAUAUAACGCCUCCCAAAGACGCCCCCACCUUAGACGCAGAGUUGUUUAAUGCAUCCCCACUCUCGAAUAAGCCCCUACCACCUAAACUUCCCAUUUUUUCGCUAUGAUAAGUCCCUAAGGAGCUUGAUUGUGGUACAUGGGCUCUCUCCUUCAGGCAUUAAUUUGAAAAAUUUUCAUCACUGCACAAAUCGUAAAUCCAAGACUUUUGGGGUCAAAUAGGGUGCGGCUAGGGGUGUGGCUAAGUUUUGACUGGACCUCUUUUGGACUGAAGAAAAACGUUUUGCAUUAUUUUCAGGGACAUUUUCAGUAAAUUUAGCCUAGCUACAGCUACCACUGAUUAUGUAUACAUCUUACCAGAACAUGUUAAACAGUGUACCAAACCUGGUAACAGGGAAGUUUUUCUUCACUUCCAUCUUAUGGAGUCAAUACAGUAUUUCUUUGGGAAUGGGGGAAACGAAGUGCACCAGACCUUGAUUUGCGGUCACUGGCAUAUCAGUAUAACGACAUUCAGGAGAGCGAUGUAGCAAAAACGGCAACCCAAAGGCUCUCCUGAGAUAUCUUUGCAGACAAAAGCACGAAAAAGAGGUAGCACAGGUUAUGGCCCGGAUUCUGGUUUGCAAGCCACACUCAGAAGACUGCGAGAGAUUGGUCUCGGUAUAUAAUAACCUCAAGGCUUUAGCCCCCAGCCCCCCUGCUCCGCGGUGCCUGAGACAAGCGCCAGAAGCCGGCUUCUACGUGAAACAAUCAGUAAAGGUUUAUAUGUCUACAUGAAUAUGCCUGUCUUGACCAUGUUCGACCCAAGAUCGCUGUGCACUAUUUUCUGCAAGAACUAAAUUUUAGAGUGAAGCCUGAUUUCCACUAGACGAAUUUUUUUGUGCGAAUCGAAUUAAUAGUCGUAGCGAUAGAGUAGGACCGUGAUCUACUUUCUGCGAAUCGAAUUUUUACGCUGCGAAAUUCGAGAACAUGCCACCAUGCAUGCUCACAUUGGUAAAAAUUCGAUUCGCGCGAAGAAAUUCGCCUAGUGGAAAUCAGCCUUUAUAUUAGGGAUACACCAAAGGCUUAUCGACAAGCCUGGUUUCGCAAAAUCUUGACAAAGUGAAAGUGAGACACAAGCAUCAAGCAUCAAGAACUAAAAAGCCGGCUCCAUUCAUUUGCAGCCGAUACAUCGCAUAGAUAGAUAGUUUCCGCAUAUGCUGUCUCGGUCCUCUCUCUAUAAAGUGUAAAGGCUUAUUUAGUCAAAACAAAUUAAGGAACUAUUAAGGAACUUUUGGUACUACAAUUUGAUGAUCUGAGGUCUACGAAUAAGGAACUUUUGGAACUAGGCCUCGAUGUAAGUUUCUUAUAAAAAACCGUAUAUGUAAGCAUACUAUCAAGUUUUAGAUAAAGUUUUGAUAUUUUAUCCUGGGGUAUGCUUAAUGCUUGUUUUUUAGGAGAGUCUUGACAGCUUACUUUCGGAAUAUGAAUCAGCGGUAUAACAUUGGCAAUAGAUAUAUAAAGAUAUAAUUUGUUUGGUUAUUAUAAAGUGGUAUAGAGCGUAGAAAAUUGCCAAUAAACCUAACAGCAAACAUUGAUGCAUCUACCUGAAAUAUCGUUUCACAAAGGGAUGCACAAACCCAUGCUGAGUUGGCUGAGUUUUGCCACCUCGUAUAACUAGCAUUCGGAUUUUCAAAUUCAUAAACAUUAUGAAGUGCGUAAGUGACUAACUGUAUAUUGUUUUAAUUGUUAAAGUUGGUUUAACUUGAGUUUCACACGUAAGUUGAUUCGAUUAUCUCAUUUGACUCUCGAUUAUAGUCUGUAUUCAUCUGCCUUUAUUCUGAAAACAUCCAAAUCAGUAAUAUUUGGAGUAAUGCAAACUGAAAAGUAAAAAAAAAAUUCAUCACUGCACAUUUUCAAUUCAUCACUGCACAUUUUCGAUGCACCUUAACUUAAUCCUUGCUCUCCUUGCUUCUCGACUUGUGUUGAAAAAUUAUGUCUAAAGAGGGCUUAAAUAACUUGAUUCAGCUGCACUUGAUCUACAAGUCUUAUUUGAUGAAAUUAAUCACAAAUUCCAGAGGCGCCUUUAAGGAAGAUAAAACACGUUUUUAAGUAGAAUUAAUUAAAAGAGUGUUGUUGUUGCCACUAGAAGAAAAUAAACAUGAUUUUUUGACCGCAAUUUUUCUCCGUGAGUCACAAAGCAUAGUCCACGUUUUACCGGAUCAUUGUAAACAAGUAUUUUUGUCAAGUAUAAUGUAUGGUAGCGCUUAAUUUCCUUGCCCGUCGAAUUAUCUAAGAUUCCUAUUUGUCUCGUGAUAGAUUAAUUAAGACGAUAACACAAGCUGCUUCCAUUUUAUAGUUGUCUCUUUUUCAAGUAGAUUGGCGCAUGCGUUGUUUUCAACUGUCCUACUUUUUAAUUAAUACUUUAUAUCGCAUGAAAUGUCCAUUCCUACACAAAAUGUAGAUCUAUCAUUAUGACAUGGAAAGUAUUUUUAAGCAUUGACCAUAUACUUUAAUAUCAACAAAAACACUUCUUAAAGUAUAUGCCACUGGUUUAUUAUCAAAUGUAACAAUAAUCAGUUGAUUAGUUAAGAUUUCUUCUCACUGUUAGAAUAAGCCUCCAUAAGUCCUAAAGCAAAUCAUAGAUCCAAAAAGAAAUUUUUCAUUUUCUAUGGUCAUAUUUUAUAUCAUUCGUGUCUCCAGUUGACCGUGCUCUAAGAAAAUUCCAAAUAUUGAUUUUCGUUGCAACCUUUAUUGCAACGAUGAAGCCAUUGAGCCAAGAAGCGAGCCCAAUGGAACACCAGUGAUGACAUGACCCAGGUGGAUUGCUAUUUUUGGUAGUGUUAUUUUUCAAGACGGAAAUUGGUAAAAUCAAACAUGGUCCUAAAUUUAGGGGUUGGUUUUUAGCAUGACCUUAAAUUUUUGGGUAUCAUUCUUAAAAGAAGAAAUAUGUUUUCAUUUUCUUGAUUGAAUUGUUGGAUUUUUGCAAAUUGAAUUUAAAGAUAUGCAUUUCAUACUAUAUCAAAAUUCUGGGGUAGAGGUUUUGGAAAAUUUGUAAAUUUUAGUGUAUGUUUUCAAAUUUCAAAAUGGCGCGCGUACUUUGCCUAUUGAAGUUACCUGGGUGCCAUGGCAAGCUAUUGAUCAAUUCCAGCGCGACUCCAGCGCUGCUUAUUCUUGUAAGAUGCCCCAAACCCUUGCAAAAGACACUUGAAAUGGAAAAUCCGGCAGUUACUCGGUUGGUUUGGAAAAUAAAUUCUAUUCGAUGAAAGCUAUUGACACAAUAUCCCGUCCCCCGUGAAAUGUCAGUGAUGAAAACGGUUUAUAUCUUACUGUUAUAAAAAUUGGUAGGGUUAACUUCUCAAACUGUAAACUUUUUAGAUUACAGUUAUUUAGCUUUUUCAAUAAGAAGACAGAGGUGCACUUGCCAUGCUCAUGUGGACAAUUCGCUUUGGAAUGUACCCUGUUCUCCAGGCCCCAAGCACAGGCUAUCUAGGAUGGUCAACCACCACAAAUACCGUAUAACAUUGAAAAACAGGCAAGUGUGCCUUUCAUAUUGAUACCCUUUUAGGAGGGGGGGUGCGUUGAUUCUAGCAGGGGAGGAUUUCCUGGUUACAUUCAACUGAAGUGUGCCCCUUCUUUAUUUUGUGACAAAUUUUCUUUUCAACGAGAGUGGGUCAUGUUUCAAGAGGGCGUUUGAAAGAGUGGAGACAUUAUUGAGUUUGCAACAUUAUUGAGGAGGCGUCCAUCCAGGGGGCGUUUACUCGAAUUUGUUCUGAUAGACUAAUCACUUUCUAUUCAUUGUCAAGAUAGUUUCGAUAGCCUUAAAGCUGUCCGUUCCACGCGACUGCUAUAGCCAUUCUCUACACAAGCGUCCCUGUAUGUUCAUAUAAUGUCAUAAAUGCAUCUGUUAGCUAUUAGUUUGUUAUGCAAAGUCUCUUCUUGCAUUGCAUACCUUUGUGCGCUCUUUCUUUGCGGUGUAGGCAUCUAAACGUGCUUGAAAAAUGUGACGCCACAAUGAAUACUUUUGAUACAAUAACUUCUUUACGCCUGAAUUUCAUUGUUGUCAAAGGAAAUUGCCUUAUGUUCUUGUCAAAUAUAAGUUAUGGUCUGUGGAUAACAGAUAGGCUUUCACUUAUUGUAUUCGAGUUUAAAGUGAUUCGCGCUUCAUUGAUAUCUCAUUAUUCUUACGCGAAUGACGACAUAACGCCCAUUUGCCACCUUUGUCCAUUAUCCGACGCAACAAAUUUGACUCCUUAACUUGCAAGUUAAACGAACGGGCAUAGGAAAUUCCACUGUAUUUCUUGAAUAUUUAAUGAAGGACUCCUUGAUUCAGUGCUUCGCGGAUCGCAUCUAAACGGCAAGUACCGGCUUGUUGUACUGCAGUUAAACAUUGUAACGUGUCUAUUAUUGAAUGCUCUUCAUUUCAAUGUACUUCAAUCGCCACCGAUGUGAAAAGCACAACCAAUAUUUGCGCAGCUAAAGAUUGUCAUCGUGUUUGGUUUUGAGAAGACAAUACGCAAAACUAAUAUGUAUUGCACCUGCUAUGGAUAUCAGAAACUUUAUGAAAAGCCACUUUAAGUCUGAACAAUACUGAGAAGGCUGUCCUCGUAACUACCAAAACAACUCUAGUACUCUUGCGAAUUUAUUCUUGCUAGAAGACACAAUGUUCUACAAAGCAUCACAAAACUAUGUGCUGGAUGACGAAUCGUUUCUCAGCGAGCCACCUGUUCCAAUCAUCACCAAUUCAAAUAAUACCCGUAAUGGAAAGAGCCAAUCGGAGACCAACAAUGUAUCGAUAAAUGAGGAUCAUAAACGCAGAGACAGUGUAUUCAAGGAUCCUGUAAAAAGGACUGCCUCGUUGCCAAAUGAAUCUAAACGCCAAGCGACACAUCGUAAGCUGAGUAGGCCCGGCUUUCUUCACAAGACAUCAGCGCUAGACAAAAAUGUGUUAUGGGAAGAGCCACGACCUCGAACCAAAGAAGAGGCUGAAGAUCAGCAACGGCGAAUCAGCUUGGUCAUUUAUGGAUCCUAUAGAAAAGAUUCGAUAAAGAAUCGCAAAAAAAUUGUUCAGCCACUUGAUCGUUUCCGUAAAGCUAUUUCUCAAGUCAAAGUUCUCAAUGCGAUCAAAAGGGCUGCAGAAAUUCAGCGAAAAACCUACCACCAGAACACGUCAUCUUUUGCAAUGAUUCAGCAAGAGCUCGAUGAAUCAAAACAGUUUUGUAAUUCUGAUGGUCUGCUCUUUGAUCCUAAUUUCUAUAAAGCCCAAAAAGAGGUUCACCUGUCUUUAGAGGCUAUUUGCAUUUUAUCAAUUAAUCCAAACGCUCGAACAGAAGACCAACUUAAUUCGGUUAUAUCAAUGGUGAAAGCAAGUGUACCCGCGUUUGGAGAAUACCCCUCAAGAAUGCAGCGACAGCUUUUGUCAGUUGGCUGGUAUGAGAAAUUUGAGCCAAACAGAGUUAUUAUACGACAAGGGCAUCGUGCUUUGAAUUUCUACUUCAUUUUAUCAGGAUCAGCAAUCGUUUCUUUGACAACGAAAGAUAAAGUAACAGGGGCUUCGAAAGACACAACUGUUGCCAUCCUUAGCAAGGGACACAGUUUUGGGGAAUUAGCUUUACUGCAUGACACCGCAAGGACAGCUACAGUUAUAUGCCAAUCCGAGGUCGCGUUAUUGGCAGUUUCGAGACAGGAUUUCAUUGAUAUUUUCCUGCGUAGUACAGAUGAUGACGAGGAGCAGGAGCACAUUAGGUUUCUCAAGUCGGUAUCGUUUCUGAAACGAUUUCCACUAGAAGAAUGUAAUGGAAAAAUCGGAACUUGUCUGUGUCAUUAUUUCAGGCGUGGAGUUGUGAUUGAAAAGGACCCAAUGAACUCUGAGUGGAUUUAUAUCGUUAAAUCUGGAUCUUGCCGCGUAUUAACAAGACUUGCAAAACCAAGAACGGAUCCUGCAUACCACCUCAGUCGAAAAUUACCAAAGUUAAAAGAAGAGGAAAUUUUGAGGAGCAACCGAAUCAGACGGAAAAAGUACAGUAACGAGCAACUUAGCCCGACUGAGAACAACAGUUUUCUUCUUCCAAAUAUUAACCCAUUGGAACGGUUACGGCCUAGGACACACUCAGGCCCAAGCAGAAACUCAAAGCUACCUCCUGUUCUGACUUCCGAAGAGAGAAAGAACGCCUUUGAUGACAUGGCAUUGAAGAAACCAAAGCAAGAACUUUAUACAAGUCGACUUGAAGUUAAUAAGGAAAAACGUGGAACGUACAUCUACACAUCAAAGAGCGAAACCGAUCUUAAAAAAGGUGAAGAAAUGCACAGGCAGAAUCUUAUGAAAUUAGCAGAAACACACAGAAAAGAAUUGGAGAAUAGAUCAAAUAAAAAAUCGGACAAGAAUGGAAGUACUCAAGAUGUGUUUGUUCAAACAGAAGUGCUGAAGCCAAAAGACCAAUUUGGCCUAGCUGCACUCCUAUACCACGAUGUACCACAAACAAAGUCAUACCUUAUAAGCAACGGUGCUGAAUGUGUCCUUCUGUCCAAGGCUUGGGUGAAGCAAAAAAUAAAUGAAGGCCUGCUAAGGAUGCUAAGAUCAGAGAUAUCACCUACCCCGUGUGCAACAAGUUUGCAGCAAAACUUACAAGAUCAAGCAAGCUGGGAAAACUAUAAAUCUAAUGUUAUAAAUGGAAUUGUGGCAACGCGAAUCUGACCUCCAGUUUAUGUACAGAGUUUAUGUAUCUAUUAGAAGAUGUAGGGGGGGGGGGUGAUAUGGCCUGAUUUUAAUCCGAAAGACAUAACAGCAUACAUUCUUUUCCCUAGCUGGAAAGAGAUUUAACGUACAUUAAGUCCUGGUCGUCAAAAAAAUAAUUUCAAAAUUUUGUUCAAUUUACAUGGAAAAAAGCAUUAUUCAAAGCUGUCUUUGGCAUACCUGUAUGUAUGUGUGUAAUCUUAUUUUAAUUUGAAUACAAAUAAUUCUUAUUUCUAAUCACAAGAUAAAAAGAUACUAAUCUAAUUCGAAUAACAAAUUUACAAUAAAAUUUACGUAAAUUUUUUAAAAUACAAAUUUCUGAAGUUUUAAAUACAUUCCAUAAAACUACUGCAUUCUAAAGUCCUCCAAUACCCUCCCUAAAAAACGUACGAAAACUUUAAUUUACGAAAUUGUGAUCAUGAAAGCUAAAAUUUCACUAUAGCAGCUUAACAAGAUACACUAAAUUCGUCAGGCUGACACGGUAUAUAUUGACAAAAAGCAUUUUAUGCUUUUCAGAAAAGCACCAAACCAUGAUCCAAAGAUAUGCCAAGUAGAGUCUUCAAAAGUUUUUGCGGCUUCGACUGUUUGAUAUUGUAGAGAAAAGACAACGGUUUGUUCCAAAUGUUUGUAACCUUUUAAAAAGACCCCUGGAUCCUUCUUCUUUGAUUCCUUUCACAUUUUGGGCUUAACGUUAUCUUUUUCUUAGCUCUACUAUUGGAACUUUUUUAAUGUGGAAAAUUUCCAAAAAGGCUUCUUUUCAAUUCAAUUUUCAGCAAACUUUUUCAGCCUAUUUUGGAUAUGGCCUCAGGUCGCAGUGUCGUGUGAAAUUAAAUAUCCUUUGCCCCUUGGGCAUUUGCCGGUUGAUUUUAUUUUCAGGCUAUGUCAUUAUCUUCUCGUCAAAUAAUUCUAAGAGACAAAUUUAUUUAGUGUAGCAUAAUAGCGCGUCCGUAAGUGUAAAAUUUAGAGUUGUAAAUAUCGCUAGAAUUUUUAGAUGUAUCAUUUGAAAGUAGAUUCAUUUUGCGAGUAAUCCGAUGCUUUCCUUAAUCUGCAAA